ACGUGACUCGCGGUGGGGCGGGGAAGCCGCGUGAAAUCCACAUCCGGAUUUCUGCUAUAUUCUGAUACCAGUUGAAAAAUGGAUGACGAUGACUUUGGAGGAUUUGAGGCAGCAGAGAGUUACGAAUUUGGAAAUGGUGAAAAGCAGACUACUUCCCCUGCUAUUGCUUGGGCAGCAUUCCCUACAGUAUCUGAAGUCCAUAUAUCUCCUGAUGUUCUCCUGGAGCACUCGGUGCCGUCUUCCUGCCUGGUUCCUACUGAGUCAUUCAGUUUAUCAAGUGAUAAUGUGACAAAAGCUAUUAAAACAGCCACCAGUGUUAAAAACCCUGCUGUUCCUGAAGAACAGAUUCAAGCAGAUAUUCCAGUUGUGUCUUUGAAUGUAAUCGAAGACAACACUUCAGUUACAUCAGCCACUGCUUUAGUUGAUGCGGAGACACAGAGAACAGAUGAACCAAAGAGCUCCCUUCAUCAAGCUCUUGCAAACCUAAAAAUCAAGCUUUACACUGCUGAAGAAGAAAAACUAAAAAUCAAAAAGGAAUUAGAACACUUAUUGGAAAAACACAGUAUUCUAGAAAUGGAUUUCUUGAAGGAAAAAAAAGAAAAAGUAAUUUCACAUCAAGAUCACUACAAUAUGCUCCAGGAGAAGCAUAAGCAGGAGUUAGAAGACAUGAGAAAAGCUGGACAUGAAGCCUUGGGUGUUAUUGUUGAAGAAUUCAAGGCACUGCUACAAUCUACAGUUCAACAGCAAGAAGCAGCUCUUGAAAAACAGUAUAUUCUAGCAAUUGAAAAACAUUCCCACAAAUGUGAAGAACUUCUUAAUACUCAGCAUCAGCGACUUCUCGACAUUUUGGAAGCAGAGAAGGAAGUAUUAUCAGAAAAGAUAGAAGAAGCUUUGAUGCAGCAGUCACAAAAACACAAGGAAGUACUUGACAAAUGUUUGGAUGAAGAAAGACAAAGAAGUAAGGAGGCUCUGGCAGCUGCUGUAAAGGCUGAAAAAGAAGUAGUGCAGGCGGCUAUUCUGAAAGCAGUAGAGGAGGAGAGGAGAAAUAUGGAGAAGAUUCAUGCAGAAGAAAGAAAAAUGUGGGAAGCAGGACGUGACAAAGAUAAAGAGAAGAUUGCACAGGCUGUUCAGGAAGCCAUGCAAGAGCAGAAAAAGCAAAAUCAAGAAAUUGUCAAGGAAGCACUAAUGGAGGAGCAAAAACGAAAUGAAAAGGCAGUUGAAGAAGCAGUGAAAAGGACAAGACAGGAACUGAUGGAAUAUAUUAAAGAGCAGAAAAGGCUCGAUCAAGUUGUCCGUCAGAGAAACCUGCAUAGUUUGGAACUUUUCCUCUCAUGUGCACAAAAACAGUUAGGUGUUUUAUUAAAUGAAGAGCCAGCCACUACAGAGGAAAACAGUGAUUGACAUUCUCAGUACCGCUGAUACAGUGUGAUUGUGAACUUGCAAAUCUCAAUACAGCAGAUGAUGAAUACAUUCUAAUCAUUUGGGAUUGUAUCAUUGAUUCAAGAUUGAUCUGAAACUAUGCUUGAUAGAAAUAUUUGUGGAUUAUAUUCUUUAUUUAUUUAUUUUACUGCUAUUAUUAGAUUGCAAAUAUGGGAAGGAAAAAUUCCCUAGAAAAAAAAAAUGGAUUUAUUUAUGACUUUCCUUUCAUUACAUUUUCUACUAGCCCAUGAUUGAAGUUCUAGAUAACUGCAGUAAUGAUAAAAACAUUUCUGUUGUGUGUGUUUCAAAUUUGGCAUAGUGUUGAUGUAGUUUGUCAGAAUUUUUGAUAUUAUAAAAAAUGUUGAAAAACACUUAAGUGACUUGAUACAAAUACAUCUCUCCUUCCAAAUUAUAUGCCCAAGUGCAUUUCUUCAGGUGAGCCUGAGGAGCUUCUUAUUUCUUCCUAAUUUUGAUGUAUAACAGAAGAAUCAGUCCUGAAACAUAAGAGUGUUUGUGGGCACUUCUUUAGUCAUUUAUAAACAAUUCCAGCACUAGUAGUAGAAAAGUUUAAAAAGUGCAUCUCUUUGGAAUAGUGCAAAACAUUGCCAUAACCAAUGCAUAAUAUGUAUUUUAUUUUUGUUUUACAAAGCUAGUUUGAUUCCAAAAGUCAUUUUCUCAUGAAAGUACGAUUAAUGUGACUGACCUCAGUUUCAGGAAGAAGAUGUAUGUAAUUAUGUGGAGACUGAUACUGUACUGCCUCAGUGGAAUUUCUGACAGAAUAAGGAGUGCAGCUUGCUGACCUCAGAUGCCCUUUCUAAACCCACUGAAGGAAGCAGAAAAACUCCUCAAUGACAUUACUGGACUUCGGAUCAAGUUGUAGGUCUUUCUAGGCUUGCUAAUUGCAGCAUGGAGGGAAAUUUCUGUGCCUGCACUCUACUGAUUGUAGCUUUGGCACCUUAGUUAUAAAAGAUUUCUGAAUGAAAUAAGGAAACAAGUGUUUGUGCUUAGGAAUGUAAAUAAACUGAGAAUUAUA